AUGGGAUCUAUCACACCCGCGUCGGAUCGCAAAGACGCCAUCGUCAUUGGCGCCGGCUUCUCUGGCAUCUACCAACUGCACAAGCUCAAGGAGGCCGGCUUCAACGCCCGUCUCUACGAGGCCGGAUCCGGCCCAGGCGGCAUCUGGUACUGGAACUGCUACCCCGGGGCCCGCGUCGACACCCCGGUUCCCACGUACCAACUGACCUCGGACGAUAGCUGGACCGGCUGGAACUGGUCGCAGCGGUUUCCCGACUGGUCGGAGCUGAGGAAGUAUUUCCAGCACCUGAUCAAGGUGUGGGAUCUCGGUGACCUGAUCACCUACAACACGCGCGUCCAGAGCAUGCAGUGGGACGACCAGGCGCACGAGUGGCACCUGUCCCUCAAGAGCAGCACCACGGGCGAACAGAGCCAGGACGUCGCCCGCAACGUGGUGGUGUGCACCGGCUUCGGGUCGAAACCAUACAUCCCAGACUUCAAGGGCCUGGACAAGUUCAAGGGUGAAAUCUACCACACUGGCCUGUGGCCCCAGACGGGCGUCAACAUGGAGGGCAAGCGGGUCGCCAUCAUCGGCACCGGCGCCAGCGGCGUGCAACUGAUCCAGGAGACGGCCCAGGUGGCCAAGCACCUCACCGUAUUCCAGCGGACGCCGAACACGGCGCUGCCCAUGCGGAACGACAAGUACGACCAGGUCAUGAACGACGCGUGGAAGAAGACGUUCCAGAACACAAAGGACACCAUCCUCAAGACGUACGCCGGGUUCGACUACGAGUUCAGCCCGGAGUCGGCGCUCAAGGUCUCGCCAGAGGUCAAGGCCGAGUUCUACCAGAACCUGCUCAAGAGCGGAGGCCUGCACUUCUGGCUGGGCACGUACUCGGACGUGCUUUUCAACGAGGAGGCCAACAACGAGGCCUACGAGGUGUGGCGACAGAGCGUGCUGCCGCGGAUCAAGGACCCGCGCAACCAAGAGAUCCUCGCGCCCAAGGUGCCGCCGCACCCGUUCGGCACCAAGCGUAUCAGUCUGGAAAAGGGCUACUUCGAACUGUUUAACCAGGACAAUGUCGACCUGGUCAGCCUGGUGGACAACCCGGUCGUCGAGGUGACGGAGAACAGCAUCAAGACGGCCGACGGCACCGUGGCCGAGGUCGACAUGAUCUGCAUGGCGACGGGUUUCGACAGCGUCACUGGCGGCAUCACGGCGAUCGACAUCCGCGGCGUCGACCCCAAGCAGACGAUCAAGGACAAAUGGACCCAGGGAACGUACACGCUAUUCGGCCUCGCCGUGUCGGGCUUCCCCAACAUGUUCCUGAUGUACGGGCCGCAGGCACCGACGGCCUUCGCCACAGGCCCCUCGUCGGCCGAGUGCCAGGGUGACUGGAUCACGGCGUGCAUCGAGUACCAGCGGGACCACAACAUCACCAAGGUCGAGGCGACGCGGGAGGCCGAGCAACAGUGGCGCGAGCACACGCUCGAGAUGGGCGAGAAGGGCCUGUUCACAAAGGCAAAGAGCUGGUACUACGGCGACAACAUCCCCGGCAAGCCGCGCGAGGCCCUGAACUACAUGGCCGGCCUGCCGACGUACCGAAACAAGAUCUGGGAGUCGGCCAAGGACAACUACAAGGGUUUUGAACUGACCGCUUAG